GGCUUCUCGGGGCUCGUUUGCUUUCCCGGGCGGUUCUUCAGGCUUUCUGCAACCAAUGUGUAUUUACGCGAGGGGCCUAAUCCGGAUUAAAUUGUUCCGCAGGCAAAACAACAGAAUCUGGGAGCAUGGAAACUAUAGCUGCUAACCCUCCUGGAGGAUCAAAUGGCUUGGAAGAACCUAAGAAGAUGACAAGAGAGGAUUGGAGAAAGAAGAAGGAAUUGGAAGAACAACGAAAACUGGGAAAUGCACCAGCUGAAGUGGAUGAAGAAGGAAAAGACAUCAACCCUCAUAUUCCCCAGUAUAUUUCCUCUGUGCCAUGGUAUAUAGAUCCUUCAAAAAGGCCUACGCUGAAACAUCAGAGACCUCAGCCAGAGAAACAACAAGAAUUUACAUUACUAGGAGAAUGGUAUAAGCGAGGAGUUAAAGAGAAUGCUGUUGCAACUAAAUAUCGUAAAGGUGCUUGUGAGAACUGUGGUGCAUUAACCCAUAAGAAGAAAGAUUGCCUAGAGAGACCUAGAAAAGUUGGAGCAAAAUUUACAGGAACUAACAUUGCAGCAGAUGAACAUGUGCAGCCUCAAUUGAUGUUUGACUAUGAUGGGAAAAGAGACCGUUGGAAUGGCUAUAACCCAGAAGAGCACAUGAAGAUUGUAGAAGAAUAUGCCAAGGUUGAUCUAGCUAAGCGCACGCUGAAAGCCCAAAAGUUGCAAGAGGAACUGGCUUCGGGAAAACUGACAGAGCAAGUGAACUCUCCACGACAUCGAUGGGGAGAAGAGGAACCAAAUUCACAAACGGAAAGAGAUCAUAACAGUGAAGAUGAAGAUGAAGACAAAUAUGCAGAUGACAUUGAUAUGCCCGGACAGAAUUUUGACUCCAAAAGACGCAUUACAGUCCGAAACUUGCGUAUUCGAGAGGAUAUUGCUAAAUACUUACGGAAUCUAGACCCCAAUUCUGCCUACUAUGAUCCCAAAACCAGAGCAAUGAGAGAGAACCCAUAUGCCAAUGCAGGAAAGAAUCCAGAUGAAGUCAGUUAUGCAGGGGAUAACUUUGUUCGUUACACCGGGGCCACCAUUUCUAUGGCCCAAACUCAGUUAUUUGCCUGGGAGGCCUAUGAAAAAGGCUCUGAAGUCCAUCUUCAGGCAGAUCCUACAAAACUAGAACUCUUGUACAAAUCUUUCAAAGUGAAAAAAGAAGACUUUAAACAUCAGCAGAAAGAAAGCAUCUUAGAGAAGUAUGGAGGCCAAGAACAUCUGGAUGCUCCACCACCUGAAUUGCUGCUUGCUCAGACAGAAGACUAUGUGGAGUAUUCUAGACAUGGAACAGUUAUUAAAGGUCAAGAGAAAGCCAUUGCUCGCUCUAAGUACGAGGAGGACGUAAUGAUCAACAACCACACAUGUAUUUGGGGUUCUUACUGGAAAGAAGGAAGAUGGGGAUAUAAAUGCUGCUACUCAUUUGUCAAGUAUUCAUAUUGUACAGGAGAAGCUGGAAAGGAAAUUGCUAAUGCCAGUGAAGAAUUGCUAAGUGAAGUGCAUGAGGAUGAGCAUAUGACCAAACCCAAAACUCUGAUGGAGAUGCACCAACAAAAACAAAAAGAAGAAAAGAAGAAGAAAAAGAAAAAGCAUAAGAAGAGUACAAGUUCUGAUAGUGAGGGAGAAGACAAAAAGAAACAGGAAAAAUUGAAAAAGGCACUGAAUGCAGAAGAAGCCCGUCUCCUUCAUGUGAAAGAAAUCAUGCAAUUAGAUGAGAGAAAGAGACCAUAUAAUAGCAUGUAUGAAAACCGAGAGCCAACAGAGGAGGAAAUGGAGGCUUACCAAAUGAAGCGCCAGCGACCAGAUGACCCCAUGGCCUCUUUUCUGGGGCAAUAAUUUUGGGCAAAGGACUUACAAGCUCACAGGACUUGUAUAUUAGCGUCUAAAAGGAUCAAUGUUGUAUGUAGGGCACUUUCCCUGAGCAAGCUGUCAUCUGAUGUCCUGUUCUAUAGCAUCAUACUCAGACAUAGCCCAGCCAGCCUGGAGCUCUCUGAAUAGGAAAAAAAAAAGUUGAGCAUGUUUACUCAAAUCCUUGGACAUUAUAGCGCUGAAUGAAUUUCUGCAUUAAAAAAAAAAACUAAAUUGAUUGGAAGAGUCAGUAAAUAUUGCAUAUAUCAAACAGCACACGUUUGAUAAGGUCUGUUCCAUAAAUGCAUAAUUGUUUACUUCCCUGAAUAGAUUAAAGCUGACUUUGAGGAAAACUUUA